AUGAAGAAGGAGAGGGCAAAACACCACGUGCCCCCACUGGAGCUUAGCAGUGAGCUGAAUGCUUCAGCUCAGAACUGGGCCAAUUACCUGCUGGCAAUAGGAGCCCUGCAGCACAGUCAUUCAGGAACUGGUGAGAACAUCUUCUGUACGUACGGCUCAUCAAGGCAACUGACAGGCAAAGAAGCUGUAGAUGCGUGGUACAGAGAGAUCAAAGAUUACAGCUGGCAUAUGCCUGGGUUCAGGAUGAAUACUGGUCAUUUUACUCAGGUGGUGUGGAAGGACAGCACUGAGCUAGGAGUGGGUCUGGCCACUGAUGGCCAUAGGGCCUUUGUGGUGGGGCAGUACCUGCCGCCUGGCAACAUGAACACGCCAGGACACUUUCAGAGGGACGUCCUCCCACCAGAUUCAAGGAAAGACCUGAAUAAAGCUGAAAACCACAUGUAG